UUUUACUUAACAGCCUAAAUUAACGCCGCAACUCCCGUACUAGAACGAUAUAUUGUGUUUAGUAUGAAUUAACAGGCAAAGAGUUUCAAGAGUAAAUUGCCGGUCCACAAGGAGGAGGCCAAGACAGAAGGUGUAUCAGUAGUAGGGCCUGACCCAAUCACCACACAAGAUGGCUCACUUCACACAAGAUGACUAUGUUGUGAUGCAGAUGGCAUGGAUCAGUGUACAGUACAUUGAGAGAUUCAGCACCAUCUGUAUGACCGAGCCAAUGCAGAAUGGUGCAGGGGAUCAUCUGCUCCUGGGAUGAAAACCAGAACCACAUUUGGCUGGAUCCAAUUGUCUUGAUCCUUGCACUUAUUAGCUAGUGGUUGAUUAUUUAACUUUUCCAUAAUAGUAUUGAGCUCUAGGCUACAUAUAUUAAGACUAGACCAUACAUACAUACAUGGAAGUUUGUUAUAUGUUGUAAUCAGGUAUUUUUAAUUAAUUUCUGACUGUUCUGGUAUUUUAUAUAUUUAUUACUGGCACUUAGAGUGUAGUUGCUACAUUAAGAAAUAGAGUAACAUCUACCAUUGUUUUCUAUGGUGUAGGUUCCCCAUAAUGAAUGAAUCAGUACAGAGUAAAGAGAGAAGGUUUGAAUGUGAUGAAUGUGGUAAACUGUUCACAAGGAAGAGCCACCUUAAGACUCAUUUCUUUAUUCACACUGGCGAGAAGUUUGACUGUGAGGAAUGUGGGAAACAAUUUACAAGAAAGAACAACCUCAGUGCCCAUAAAAUCAUCCACACCGGUGAGAAGUUUGAGUGUGAUGAGUGCGGGAAGCAAUUUGCUAGUGAGAGAAGCCACAACACCCAUCGGCUCAUCCACUCGGGUGACACAUUUGAGUGCGGUGAAUGUGGGAAGCAUUUCACUCAGAAGGGACAUCUCAAGACCCACAAACUUAUCCACACAGGUGAGAAAAAAUUUGAGUGUGAAAAAUGUGGGAGACAUUUCACUCAGAAGAACAACCUCAACACCCAUAGACUUAUCCACUCCGAUGAAAAGAAAUUUGAGUGUGAAAAGUGCGGUCGAAGAUUUAUUAGGAAAAGUCACCUUAGUACUCAUAAGCUUAUUCACACUGGAGAAAAGAAGUUUAAGUGUGAAGAGUGUGAGAAACUGUUUACUCACAAGAGCAGUCUUAUUACUCAUAACCUUAUUCAUACAGGAGAGAAAAGGUUUAAAUGUGAGGAGUGUGGAAAAAGGUUCAUUAAGAAAAGUGAUCUGAACACCCACACUCUUAUUCACACUGGUGAGAAGAAAUACCAGUGUGAGGAGUGUGGGCAAGUGUUUACUCAUAAGACCAGCCUCAUCACUCAUAUUCUGGUUCACACUGGAGAAAAAAAAUUUAAAUGCGUAGAAUGUGGUAUGCAAUUUUCUCGAAAGAGCCACCUCAAGACCCACAGUCUGACCCAUACUGGCGAGAAAAAGUUUAAAUGUGAACUAUGUGCGAAAAGAUUUGCGAGAAAGAGCCACUUGGACGUUCACAAGUUGGUUCACACGGGCAAGAAAAAAUUUGAAUGUGAAUUGUGUGGUAAAUUUUUCACUCAGAGGAGCAGCGUCAACACACACAGACUCCUCCAUACUGGGGAGAAGAAGUAUGAGUGUGAGGAGUGUGGCAAACUGUUCACCCAGAAGUUUAACCUCAGUGUUCAUAAACUAACUCACUCUGAUGAAAAGUUGGAAUGUGAGGAAUGUGGGAAGAAGUUUAUCAAGAAGAUUGACCUAAACAUCCAUAAACUGAUUCACAAAGGUAAUAUAUCUCUGGAGAUGAAAGAAGAAUUGGAUUUAAGAAUUUCCAAUAAGCCCACAGAAUUAUCUUCAUCAAGUGAGAUAGAUAUACAGUAGCUAAGGUCAACUGAAGGAAGUAAGUCCAGGUAGCAAAAAAUUCAAUUUAUUUAUGACAUCAAUCAUAGAACUGACCAAGGAAAUUUCACAAACAUGUAAUAAUAAUCUUUGUCUGUCUGUAUAUUAUCUUUACAUUCUUAAUUAUUUUGUGUGUGGAUCAAGGGGUGCAGAGACCUUAAGAAAAAAUCAGAAAUGAUAUUGAAAUGUAGUGGAUGACAAAGUAACAGUAAAGGACUAAAUUACUGUAACAUAAACAUCCACCUGUUAGAUGCUGACCAAAAUGAUUUGAUAUAUUCUCCAGUGCAUCACCAUAUGUAGGUGUGCUGGCUUCCUCUGUGAGUAACAAUAUUCAUAUAUACUGUACACUGAUACCUGUGGUCGGCUGAACAAACCAUUCCUGAAACUAGUGAACUAACAAUGGUGGUAAAACCCUGAAUCACAUUGCUCCCAUGGGUAAAUGAUACUCUUUUGGGGGAGAGGGGAAGGGGGGGGGGGUUACAACUUAGUACAGUACUGUAUCUAGUAAUUGAUGAUAAGUGUUCACAGCCAGGAGCAAAAUAGAUUCACCCUUCACUCACUGUCAUUUGUUCUCUGUUGUAACACAAAUAUUUGACUAGUGUUCACCCUCUACAACAACAACCCAAGAUAUCCACACAAUCACUUCCCCUCUUGUCAGCUUACUAACCAUUCAUUUGCUUGGUCUGUUUUCUGUUAAUUUAGUUAUGACCACAGUGUUAGUACAUGAGGAAACUGUAGUACUGUACCUAGAGAAAACCUGCCAUGUUUGGUCAUGUCACACUGGAUAAUACCCUUCUCACACGUGUCCUGGAGAGAUAAGCAGAUUACCACUGUACCACCGUCACCCUAUUGUAGUUAUACUGUACUAAGCUUUAGGUCUGAUGGAAGAGAGAGAGAGAGGAGCUUGAUGGUCUGGUGUCUUACAGUUUAUAGAGUGAUGAGGAUACUGUAGUGAAGUACUGUACACAAGUCAUGUACUGUACCCUGUGAUUCAUAUGCUCUAAAGCUGCAACUGAUGAACUAUGAGAAUAAACUGGGUGAAAAAGC